UCGCAUCGCCGCAGCGCUUUCCGAUCGAGCUCAUUCUGUCUGCCCCCCACCGCCCCCGUUGCGUUUCGGAGAUUAGGUAGGAAGCGAGCCUACUAGCGAGUGAGAAGCCACAGCCCGGCCGCGCGAACGAGGGUUUUGAUCCGAUGGCCGGCGCCGGGGCGGACGGGGAGCGCAGGAUCGGGGUGGCGAUGGACUACUCGGACAGCGCCAAGAAGGCGCUGGAGUGGACCGUCGACAACCUGCUCCGCCACGGGGACACCCUCGUCGUCGUCCACGUCCUGCACCACGGCGGGGAGGAGGCCAAGCACACGCUCUGGGCCAAGUCCGGAUCCCCGCUGAUCCCGCUCUCCGAGUUCCGGGAGCCCGAGGUGAUGAAGAACUACGGCGUCAAGGCCGACGCCGAGGUGCUCGACAUGAUCGACACGGCGGCGCGCCAGAAGCAGCUUAAGGUGGUGGCCAAGCUGUACUGGGGCGACGCCAGGGAGAAGCUCUGCGACGGCGUCGAGGAGCUCAAGAUCGACUCCCUUGUCAUGGGCAGCCGCGGCCUCGGCCCGAUCCAGAGGAUCCUCAUGGGAAGUGUGACAAACUACGUGCUGUCGCACGCACCGUGCCCAGUGACAGUCGUCAAGGGGAAGUAAUGACCAGGCCAGCCUACCAGCGAUAUGAUUGAGGAUACUAGCAUGCAGUUUGUGUGGGUUAAGCACUGUGAUCGGUGUUGUUACUGCAUUUGAAUAAAGUGUGUCUUUUAUUAUUUGUGAUGCUGCAGCUUUCAGAAACCCUCCUGACCGUGUCUCUAGUCUGUGAACGAUAGAUGCUAAUGUGCUCACCUGCGUGCAUCCCUUCUUAAUUAUUCAGAUCGAAUUUGAGGUUUCA